AUGACGCUAGUCCCGGGCUCUCAGUUCACGCACUUCACCUACAACCCUAGCUUGGUUGGCAAUGGGCUUUACAUUGCCAUACUGUCGGUCUGUUUACUCGCCCAGGUCGUUCAAGGUGUACGCUAUCGAACAUGGGACUUCACAGCGCCAAUGCUGGCAGGGAUCUUACUCGAGCUGAUGGGUUAUACGGCACGAAUCUUCAUGAACAAGGAUCGCAGCAGUAGAGAGGCUUUUCUCUUGGACAACAUCACCCUCAUCCUCGGACCGGCAUUCCUGGCUGCUUCAAUCUAUCUGUGCAUGGGUCACCUCGUCAAGGUCUAUGGUGAACAUCUCUCUGCUCUCAAGUCUCGGACAUAUCUUCUGAUCUUCGUGGCGUGCGAUCUUCUGAACUUGAUCCUCCAAGGAAUGGGAGGAGGCAUUUGCUCGACCCAACAGCAGCCCAAAGGAAUUCAAGCAGGCAUAAAUAUUGUUAUCGCUGGCCUCGCCACCCAGGUGGCUUCUUUAUUCAUCUUUAUUCUUUGUUGCCUCCAUUUCGCCAACAACGUUCGUCGUCAGUCGUCGAAGAAGCUAUCUGACUGCGAGCACGUGAGACAAUCUCGGUCUUUCCGUGCAUUUCUUUUUGGCAUUGGUUUGGCGACAUUAUGCAUCUUCAUACGAUCGGUGUUCCGUAUCGUAGAGUUACGGCAAGGCUUCACUGGGCCACUUGCAAAUAGUGAAGUGCAUUUCAUGGUUCUGGAAGGUGCCAUGAUCCUGAUUGCCACCGGUGCACUUACCGUUUUCCAUCCUGGUCGCUGCUUUCAGGGACAUUGGAAAAUCCUAGCGAUCGAGAAAGAUGAAGAGCCUGGUUAUGAUUCAGAUGGCUCGCGUGUGUCAGAUCAGCCAAGAACAUCAGGGGCGGCAGUAAAAGAGUGCUCAACCAUCUCGGCACAGGAAAUCAAAGCACAAACACAGCAUUCGGUCGCCGAGGUAGUCCUAACUCCAAUGGCAAGUCCAAAAUAA